UUCCCCGUGUUAUUUUUAGGGCGCUGGAUGGCACCUGUCCACGUGCCGCGGCCCCGCCCGCACAGAGAGAGGGGCGCGCUGCGUCUGCUCAGGGGAUCUGCUCCCCCCUUCACCGCCCUCCCGGCCCAGAGCCACGCAAACCGCGGGUCUCCUAUCGCUUCGAUCUCCACCACCCCCCUCCCUGCACCCUCUUUUCCCUAGCUUUCCUCCUCCUCCCUUCCUAAAACCCCGCCAGCGGCUCACGCCUCCUGCAUACGAGAUGAGCUGAGCAGCUUGGUCGCUGCGAGGGGGCGCGCGCGGGUGUGAGAGCGUGUGUGUAUGUGUGUGUGUGUGUGUGUGUCUGGAUCUGUGUCCGGGUGUGUGCGCGGGAGAGAGAGUGUGUGUGUGGGAACCCGGCGGCUCUGCACUGCAGCCUCCCCCAGCGCCGAGGGGAGAUCUGGACGAAAGGGAGAGAGAAGAGUGUGCUCCACAGUAGUCGGGAGGGUAGUAAGGAGAAAGCUCUCCAGCUCAAGCGGGGCAGACGCCUCGCAGCUGCAGGCUCUAGCCCCCGGGGCGCAGCGCGGCGGCCACCAUGCUCAACAACCUGACGGACUGCGAGGAUGGCGACGGGGGAGCCAACCCGGGUGAUGGCAACCCCAAGGAAAGCAGUCCCUUCAUCAAUAGCACUGACUCUGAAAAGGGCAAGGAAUAUGAUGGCAAGAACAUGGCUCUGUUUGAGGAGGAGAUGGACACCAGUCCCAUGGUGUCAUCCUUGCUUAGUGGUCUGGCCAACUAUACCAACUUGCCACAAGGCAGCCGGGAACAUGAGGAGGCUGAGAACAAUGAAGGUGGCAAAAAGAAACCUGUGCAGGCUCCUCGGAUGGGUACCUUCAUGGGUGUAUACCUUCCCUGCCUGCAAAACAUCUUUGGUGUCAUCCUUUUUCUGAGGCUUACUUGGGUGGUGGGCAUUGCAGGCAUCAUGGAAUCCUUCUGCAUGGUCUUUAUCUGCUGCUCAUGUACUAUGCUGACUGCCAUCUCCAUGAGUGCCAUUGCUACCAAUGGUGUUGUGCCAGCUGGUGGUUCCUACUAUAUGAUCUCUCGGUCACUGGGCCCUGAGUUCGGGGGAGCUGUAGGCCUUUGCUUCUACCUUGGCACUACCUUUGCAGGAGCCAUGUACAUUCUGGGCACUAUCGAGAUCCUGCUGGCAUACAUAUUCCCAGCCAUGGCCAUCUUCAAGGCGGAGGAUGCGAGUGGAGAGGCUGCUGCUUUGCUGAACAACAUGCGUGUGUAUGGCACCUGUGUGCUCACAUGCAUGGCCACAGUCGUCUUUGUUGGUGUCAAAUAUGUCAACAAGUUUGCACUUGUCUUCCUUGGCUGUGUCAUCCUUUCCAUCCUUGCCAUCUAUGCGGGGGUCAUCAAGUCUGCCUUUGACCCACCCAAUUUCCCAAUCUGCCUUUUGGGGAAUCGUACCCUCUCACGUCAUGGCUUUGACAUCUGUGCCAAGUUUGCCUGGGAGGGCAAUGAGACGGUGACCACCAGGCUGUGGGGGCUGUUCUGCUCCUCCCGAUUCCUCAAUGCCACCUGUGAUGAAUACUUCACUCGCAACAAUGUCACCGAGAUCCAAGGCAUCCCUGGAGCUGCCAGUGGCCUGAUCAAAGAAAACCUUUGGAGCUCCUACCUGACCAAAGAUGUGAUUGUAGAGAAGCAUGGAAUGCCUUCCAUACCCCUGCCGGAGGCAACUCCUCUCAACUUGGAUCAGCCCUAUGUCUUCAGUGACAUGACCUCUUAUUUCACCCUCCUGGUCGGCAUCUAUUUCCCCUCGGUCACAGGGAUAAUGGCUGGUUCCAAUCGCUCCGGGGACCUUCGUGAUGCCCAGAAGUCCAUCCCCACUGGCACCAUCUUGGCUAUUGCUACCACUUCUGCUGUCUACAUCAGCUCAGUUGUCCUGUUUGGGGCCUGCAUUGAGGGAGUCGUCCUGAGGGACAAGUUUGGUGAAGCAGUGAACGGAAACCUGGUGGUGGGUACCCUGGCUUGGCCCUCCCCAUGGGUCAUCGUCAUCGGCUCCUUCUUCUCCACCUGUGGUGCUGGGCUGCAGAGUCUCACAGGAGCCCCUCGCCUCCUGCAGGCUAUCUCCAGGGAUGGCAUUGUGCCCUUCUUGCGGGUCUUUGGCCAUGGCAAAGCCAACGGGGAGCCAACAUGGGCCCUGCUCCUGACUGCCUGCAUCUGUGAGAUUGGCAUUCUCAUUGCCUCCCUAGAUGAAGUCGCACCUAUUCUAUCCAUGUUCUUUCUGAUGUGCUACAUGUUUGUGAACUUAGCCUGUGCGGUGCAGACACUACUGAGGACACCUAACUGGAGGCCCCGUUUCCGCUACUAUCACUGGACACUCUCCUUCCUGGGUAUGAGCCUCUGUUUGGCCCUGAUGUUCAUAUGCUCGUGGUACUAUGCCCUGGUUGCCAUGCUCAUUGCUGGUCUCAUCUACAAAUACAUUGAAUAUAGAGGGGCGGAGAAGGAGUGGGGAGAUGGAAUUAGAGGACUAUCCCUCAGCGCUGCCCGAUAUGCCCUGUUGCGGCUAGAAGAAGGGCCUCCCCAUACCAAAAACUGGAGGCCACAGCUUCUCGUGCUUGUUCGAGUGGACCAGGACCAGAAUGUGGUGCAUCCACAGCUACUCUCACUGACCUCACAACUCAAGGCUGGGAAGGGUCUGACCAUUGUGGGCUCUGUGCUGGAGGGUACUUUCUUGGACAACCAUCCCCAGGCCCAGCGGGCAGAAGAGUCUAUUCGACGACUGAUGGAGGCUGAAAAGGUGAAGGGUUUCUGCCAGGUGGUGAUCUCUUCUAACCUUCGGGAUGGGGUGUCGCAUCUUAUCCAGUCAGGAGGGCUUGGGGGCCUGCAGCAUAACACUGUGCUAGUUGGCUGGCCCCGAAACUGGCGUCAGAAGGAAGACCACCAGACCUGGAGGAACUUCAUUGAGCUGGUUCGGGAGACCACAGCUGGACACUUGGCCUUGCUCGUCACCAAGAACGUAUCCAUGUUUCCUGGGAAUCCUGAGCGCUUCUCUGAAGGCAGCAUUGAUGUCUGGUGGAUUGUGCAUGAUGGUGGCAUGCUCAUGCUACUGCCUUUCCUGUUGAAGCACCAUAAGGUCUGGCGCAAAUGUAAAAUGCGCAUCUUCACUGUGGCACAGAUGGAUGACAACAGUAUCCAGAUGAAGAAGGACCUGACAACUUUCCUGUACCACCUUCGAAUUACAGCAGAAGUGGAGGUGGUGGAGAUGCAUGAGAGUGACAUUUCUGCCUAUACCUAUGAGAAGACACUGGUGAUGGAACAACGCUCACAGAUACUCAAACAAAUGCAUCUGACCAAGAAUGAGAGAGAGCGAGAGAUCCAAAGCAUCACAGAUGAAUCCCGUGGCUCAAUUCGGAGGAAGAACCCUGCUAACACUAGACUUCGGCUCAAUGUCCCUGAGGAAUCUGCAGGGGACAGUGAAGAGAAGCCAGAAGAGGAGGUGCAGCUGAUUCAUGACCAAAGUGCACCUAGCUUCCCCAGCAGCUCUCCAUCUCCUGGGGAGGAGCCUGAAGGAGGAGAGGCUGCUCCUGAGAAGGUACAUCUCACUUGGACUAAAGAUAAGGUGGUGGCUGAGAAGAACAAAGGACCCAGCCCAGUGUCCUCGGAGGGAAUCAAGGAUUUCUUCAGCAUGAAGCCUGAGUGGGAAAAUUUGAACCAGUCCAACGUGAGACGCAUGCACACUGCUGUGAGGCUGAAUGAGGCCAUCGUUAAGAAGUCGCAGGAUGCGAAGCUGGUGCUUCUCAAUAUGCCCGGACCACCACGCAACCGCAAGGGCGACGAGAACUAUAUGGAGUUCCUGGAGGUUCUCACAGAGCACCUGGACCGGGUGAUGUUAGUUCGCGGUGGUGGCCGUGAGGUCAUCACUAUCUACUCCUGAGAACGGGAACGCCCUCCAGGGGCUCUUGGGCCCAGCUGCCCUGGACCAUUGGAUCUCCGUCUGCGCCGUCCCUGCCGCCACCGCUGUUUACAUAGACUCCCUUUCCCUGCCCGUGUCCCCAGCUCCCUCCCUCCGCCCAGCCCCAAGACGCAGGACUCUGGACCUAGGAGCCUCGGGUCUCCCUGAGAGAAGGACUCGACUAGCUUCCAGCUUCCCCUUAUCUGGGGCUGGGCCCCGAGAGACAGAUUGAGCCGGCCCCUCUUCCCAUUUUUAUAUAUCUGCCCCCGCCCAGACGAAGGAGACACUGAAAUUCCUGGGACUGUGCUGCUUGGACUGGGUGGAGGCUACUACUUCCCUUGCGUGCCCGCACUGGGAGCUGGGAGCCACAGGGCAGAUCCCAGCACAUCCUCAACUGCUAGUCCCUGGGCCACAAGUCACCCUCCCUGAAGUCUCAGCUUUCCCCCUCCUUCACCCGGAGAAAUCUUUGGAGCGAGCCAACGGCCAGCCAAAGCUGCAGCCUCUCGGAGCCCCUCACGGCCUUCUUGAGGAUCUCCGGAACCCAUAGGACAGUGCCGGGGAUCUGGAGCGAGGCUGGGGCCAAGGCAGGCCCCUGUACAUAGUUUACAGGAAACAGUCCGUGUAUUUUUAACGUGACCACAUUUAUGUGACUAGAAGCGCAAUGAACUUAACUCCUCCACGCCAGCACUGAGCUUGCCUACAGGAGAGGCUGCGCUCCAGCUCGGGGGAGACUGAGGAUGGGAAGUCACCUGGGACUAGGAGGUUGGGUUUACCUAGAUAUCCAAGUGCUUAAGCCCAAAUGGUUGAGGAAGUAGCUUCGGCUUCUUAGUUAUUAGGUAUUCGUGGAUCUCCCAGGCAACUCCAUCCCGUCUCCAUCUUCCUUUCCUUUUCGGUCCUCCCUCUCCCCUUUCUGCGCCACUCAGCUUUUAAAAUGUAAUCAGGGAAGAGAAGUCUCUAACUUUUGGGGAUUUGAGCUUCCACUACGGCUGCAGUUGCUGAGAUGCGCGCUUACGGUCACGCUCCUCUUUCCCGCCUUCUCGCACCCUGGGGCUUGGGACUCUUAGGGGUUAGAGUGCUUCCCUCCUAGUAGAGGGCCCUGUGUAUUUGGGCAAGCUCUGUAGUUCUCUCUCCCGGCCCCGAUGCCUUCACCUGGGGAGAAGUAGCCCGGGCAAUCCCGCUGGUUCCUUGCUUGUCUCCUGCCUCAACUCCCGCCUCCAACCCUGGCUCAUCGCCAAAGACUUGCCCGCGCCCAGCCAGCACCGCCUCCUACGUGUCUCCCCUCCGCGCUUCCCUUCCUAACCCUACUCCCAUCCUCAGAAACAGCAAUUCCUUCUCGUAUCCUCCAAUAUCUUUUGGGCCAGGUUAUCAGAGUAAGGCAGUCAGACCCGUCCCAAGCUGAUUCAGGGAUGUGGGGUUACUUCCCUCAUGGGAAGUUGAGGGGACAGGGGCGUCAGACUCCUGCCAGGAGGAGAAACCCUGCAUCCAACUUCCCUCUAGCUUCUGUCCUUGCACCCGCCUCCAUCAGGUUCUGGACUGGAGAAUUGGAGCCUGUUCGAUCCCUCAUUAUAGGUAGUCUGGGCAGAAGACCUCGGAGCCAAGUGCUCUCUCCUCCUGCAUGACUUCCACUUUCAGAGGGAAGAAGGUAGGAGGGCUGAACGUGGGCUUGGCUCUGGAAAUUUCACUUGUUUCUUGCUCAGACACCCAAGACUCUUCUGUCUCUUGUGCCUCAUCCACAUCCGGAACCACUUCUCCAUCCUAUCUGUCCUCACCCGUUAUCACAGAUGGAGCUGUGGUUCUGUGAGACCUAACCUUGCUGGCCACCCCCAGAAAGGGCCCAUUUGAACAGAAGGCACUGCAUGUUUGUCUGGUUCUGCUCCUGCACGCUGACUUUCGUGACUGUGCAGUGCCUCCCCAUCCCAGGAGCACCCAACCUAAACCAGACCCUUUGUAAGAAUACUUUGCUUGUGUGGGAGCCAGCAAUGGUCUUGGAACCUCUUAAGAUCAUCUGAACACUACCUUUGUCUUGUUUGCACCCUCUUCUCUCCUACCUUCUGCCCCUUUCCAGCCUGAGGUAGAGUUUAGAGGGACACCAAGAGAAAUGUAUGGAGGGUGAGGGAGAUGGUUUGAUCAGGAAUGGGUGAAUAAUUUUAGGGCUCCCAGGUCAGAUUCCAUAGUGUCCAGGAAGUAGCUCUGUACAGCUUAAAAAAUGGGAAGUCCUGGUCACCCUGGCCAAAGGCUAGAAAUUGCCAGAAACAGACCAAACCUAGAAAUUGCUCGGGAUGGUUGGAGGACAAGGCACCCACAUCAAUCAGGGCACUAAGCUGCAUUGUCUAGGCUGAGACUUCCCAGCUGGCAAGACCCAAGAUCCCAGCAGUAAAGCAGCAGGCCCAUGGGCUGAGUUUCUGUGGAUGACAAAAAACUCAGACCCCUGAAAAUCCCCCUCCCUUUUCUGUGCUACAUGUGCAAUAUAUUUGUUAUGAAUGUUCCCACAAGUCAUUCAUUAAAUUACCUUUAUAAUCACUGUAGCUUGAUGUUUUAUGUCCAUCCAAGUGACUUUUAUUCUGAGUGCAAUAUUUCAAUAGCCUUGUAGUGAUUAGUAUGCUUUUGUGUUUAGAGAUCUCUGUGCAGGGCAAUGCAAAGAAGUUUAAAGACCUUGUAAAUAGGACAGGUUGCAAACCAAAACCAGAGUAUUUAUUAUUCUUAUUCUUGGGCUUGCCUUUAAUUUUCUGUGCAAGUGUUUGGGUAUUCAGCAUUCCUUCUCAGUAUUUAUCUUUGUGUUUUUUGUGCCAAUAUUAAAAGGGAGGGGUUGGUUCUCUCUUCAGUUGUUGAAUGCUCCUGUUUAAUGCUUUAUAGCUUUUACUGUAUUAAUUUUUUAGACUCUUGUCUGCACAAAAUGCAAUAAAAAGAAUUUUAUUACACCCUU